CCGGCGUCGCCGGGGAGCUGCGCUGGCGGUGACCGAGCCCCGCUCUGCCGCCUCUGGGUCUGUCCGCAGCCGGCUCGGAGCCCGGGAGCGGUGCCGCCGGCCGGGCCCGCUGCGGUGAGGACGCGUUCCCGAGCGGUAUGAGCGGCCGGAGCCCGCUGCUGGUAGCAUGAGUGCUGGCCCCCAGGUGCAGCUGGCUGUCCUCUGGCCUUGGCUGCUCAUGGCGACCCUGCAGGCAGGACUGGGCCACACCGGGCUGGCGCUGGCGGCGGCCGUGGAGUCGGAGCGGGCGGCGGCGCAGAAAGCCAUCAUCAGGGUCAUCCCGCUCAAAGUGGAGCCCAUCAUCCUGGAAGGGGAGUUUGCCAACGUCGCCGAGGUGACUCCGGCCGAAGGGAAACUGCUCCAGUCCCACCCACUAUCCCUGUGCAACACCAGUGAGGAUGAACACACGGAAUCGGGAUUCAUCACCAUUGUCAAGCUGGAACAGCCGGAUCGGGAUCCCAACCCCUGCCUGUCCCUGGCCAACAAGGCAAAGCUGGCAGGGGAGCGUGGAGCCCGUGCGAUCCUUUUUGACAUCACCGAUGAUGAAAGUGCUGCUGAUCAGCUGAGGAAGCCCAGAGGCCUGAGCCAGCCUGUGGUCCUAAUCAGGGGCCACGACGCUGAGCUCCUCAUGGGUGUCGUGAACAAGAACAGAGAGGCCCACGUGAAGAUAGAGGUCAAGGAGCCACCAGCUUGGCCAGACUACGAUGUGUGGAUUCUUCUCACAGUGGUCAGCACUGUGGUCGUCAUCAUUUUGAUUUUUGUUGUCCGCACAAAGUGCCAGCUGAACAGGACUCAGGACUCGGUGCAGCAGCAGACCCUGCAGGCCAUUGGGCAACUGGCCACACGCCGCUACCAGCCCCGGGCACGGCCGGCUCCGCGCUGGGACUCGGCCAGCAGCUGCAGCUCCGCCCCGGUCUGUGCCAUCUGCCUCGAGGAGUUCAGCGAGGGGCAGGAACUGCGGAUCAUCUCGUGUUCCCACGAGUUCCAUCGGGACUGUGUUGACCCUUGGCUGCAGCAGCACCACACAUGUCCACUUUGCAUGUUCAAUAUUCUUGCCAGAGACUCAGGGGACCAGGCCAUGGCUGCCAGCUCCAGGCUGGUCCCUCAGGACAUGGAGCCUGGGCGGCGACUCCACCUUUUCCGCCAGCAUCCGGGACAUGCCCUUUACCACCUCCCACAAGCAUAUCCUCAGAGGAACCUCAGGAGCUUUCCCCCAGAGCCAUCCCACGGCAACCCCUUCUUCCACUCUCCAGAGCUCUCCCAGAUGGAUUUUGGCACCAUCCACUACAUGCCCUACAGACCAGCCACCUCCCUGCUGGCCUGUGGCCACGUGGCCCCGCUGGCCCCGGGCUUGCUGGGGCAGCAGCACCCCAGCCCCUCGGCAUGCAGGCAGGCGCUGGCACCCCACAGGACAUGUCCCCUUCAGCCUCAGCCCCCCUGUCUGGCACCCAAGGCAGUUGUGGCACAGAAGCAGCACCGUGUGCCCACCCUGCGCCGAGGGCUUGGCCAUGGGCACCAGCACAACAGCAGUGGCUCUGGGGAGAGCUAUCUCACAGAGCACAGCGGGUACCUGGCCGAUGGGCCAGGCAGCGACUCCAGCUCGGGGCCCUGCCACGGCUCCUCCAGUGACUCCAUGUUGAACUGCACAGACGUCAGCCUGCAGGGCAUCCAUGGCAGCUGCUCCACGUUCCGCAGUUCCCUCAGCAGCGACUAUGAUCCCUUCGUGUACUGCAGCUCUGAGGGCCCCACCACAGACCACGGCCAGGAGCAGCUGCAGCUGCCCAGGGAGAGGCGGCCCCGGUCCUUGGACCUGAUGGUGCCCGGAGGGGCUGCUCCGGCCAAGCCCCAGGUACUCAGCCACGUCCACUACCACCACCACCAGCACCAUCACUACAGGCAGGACGUGGAGUGUCCCGCUGGGCGGGCCGGGCAGGGGCCUGGGCCACGCAAAUCCCGGUAUUCUGGGGCCAAGGUUGCCUUCCACAGUGCUCGGACACAAAAGAGGGCUGAGAAAAGCCAUCACUCUCAGCAACCUCUGGAAAGCAGUGCCGUGCUGCAGGAGGCAGCUCCAGCAGGCCAGCCAGCCUGUCCCCAAGAAGGCCAGGAGCCCCCUCAUGCCCCCUCCGCUUCUCCAAACAGGCUGGACUUCAGUGUAGAUGCCAACAGACAAUUGGGAGCAGCUGGCACACCCCCUGUCCUGCUGCCCUCCAGACACAGCUUACAGAGCAGGCAUCACCGAAGGAAAAGAAAGUGUCCCUUGGAGCCCGACCCCGCUCUCCUGCCCAAGGACUCAGCUGAGCCCAGAGCCUGCAACACUCACCUUCCUCCCAGCCACCCCGCUGGCUACCGCUGCUCUCCCGAAGCCCAGCCCCUGAUCCCAAGCGCUCCCCUGCCCAGCGGCUCCCAGCCGCUCUGGAAGUGUUUAGUGCCACAGUCCAGCUCCGAGCUGAGGAAGCAGGAGGAGGGGUUAUCAGGACGGGAGAGAAACCGCUCAGUUCCUGCAGAUUUCUCAGGGACGUGCACCCCCAGACACAGUCUCAGUGUCCGCCUUCACUGCCCAUCUCAGCACGGUGGUCAGGGAUUUGAAGAGGAGGUCCAGGAUGUCCAUGAACACUCAGUUUAAUAAAACACUGGCCUCUUUGCUCGGUGGGACUUGGAGUGGACACAGAUGUUGAUGGAGCUGCUCACAUCUGGCUCUGCCCAGCCCUGCCUUGCUGAGACACAGACUGGCAAGAGCAGCGGGCCACUCGUGGUCUCCUGACACGUCCCCACGGCCCGACGGUCACACAGACAGAGCCCUGCUGUCCAGGCCCGUCUCCUCUGGAGGCACAGGCAGCCCCUCGUCAUCCAUGGCACCGCUCCGAGCUGGGCAGGGCUCCCAGGGAGAGCUCACCGAGUGAGUGCAAGCUGCUAUUUUGGCGUGUUCACGCCACAGAAGGUUUUGCUAAACACU